GCAGAAGCAUAGGUAAACUAGAACUGCAACAUCUCGUUCGAAUGAUGAGGGAGUCUCGACGCUAUGGCCAUGCUCUAGAGGAAUUAAUGAACAAAAUAUAAGCAAGCUUUGAUUCAGCAAUGGUGACUUUCAGCUUGCUUUUCACAGGAUAUCUCAGUGGAUGACUGAUCGCCAGUACUUCACAUUAUCACCUAGUGACAUUGCAAUUAGGUUGGAUUUAAUCCACAAAGUUCAUGGAUUGGACCAUGCAGAAAAUUUCUUCAACAAAGUUUCAAAUAAUCUGAAAACCAGUAAAAUAUAUGGUGCUCUCCUUAAAUGUUAUGUGCAAGAAAAAUCUGUCAAUAAAGCAGAAGAUGUAAUGGAAAAAAUGAGAAAGAUGGGUGUAAUUGCAUCAUCUUUUCCUUACAACUGGUUGAUAUCCUUGUAUGCUCAUAGUGGAGAAUGUGACAAGAUUGACAUACUGGUGCAAGAAAUGGAAAGAAAGGGGUUUCCUCAAGAUACAUAUACAAUGACAAACAGGAUGGCUGCUUAUGUAGCAGCAUCAAACAUUGUUGGGAUGGAGAAGAUUUUAAAUCAGAUGGAGGACAGUCCAGAAUUUGUGGUUGGUUGGAAAUUGUAUUCAAUUGCAGCACUUGGGUAUCAAAAAGUUGGGUCGAUUGAAAAGUCAAUAAAAAUGCUGAGGAAAAUGGAGGAGAUGAUGCCACUAAGAAGAAGACCAACACUUGACUUUCUUCUUACUCUCUAUGCAAAUAUUGGUGAGAAGGAUGAGCUUUUACGAGUUUGGAAAACAUUCAAGCCAGCAAAUGAACAAAUGGACGAAUUAUACUGCCACAUGAUUACAUCUCUCGCGAAGCUUGAUGAUCUUGAGGGUGCUGAGAAAAUAUUUGAGGAGUGGGAAUCCCAGUGCACAAUGUAUGACUUUCGGGUAUUGAAUAGGCUUCUUGUUGCUUACUGCCGAAAUGGUCUUUUGGAGAAGGCUGAAUUAGCAGUAACAAAAGCUGUUGAAGGAAGGACGCCUUAUGCUAGUACAUGGAAUAUCUUAGCUAUGGGGUAUAUGGAACAAAAGCAAAUAGCAAAGGCAGUUGAGAUGUUGAAAAAGGCAAUGUCCGUUGCAAGAGGAGGAUGGAGGCCACACCCCACAACAUUAACUGUCGCCUGCCUGGAUUAUUUGGUGGAGAAAGGAGAUGUGGAAGUAGUGGACGACAUAAUAAGGUUUUUUAAGAACUCAGGCCCUUUGACAAGGGAUAUAUACCACAGAUUGCUAAGGUCCUUCAUCAAAGCUGAAAAAUCAGUUUCUGAGGUUCUUGAUCAGAUGAAAAUGGAUGGAUUUGAUACAGAUGAAGAAACAGAAAAAAUUAUUAAAACUGGGUCAAGUUAGUAGCCAGUUGGAGUGAAUUCUAAAACUUUAUGUUGAAUCAGUUUUGCAAUCCCUUCCAUCAACAGAGAUUCAAAAGCCAAUUAUAGUAUCUUUUUCUUCAAGAUUUUUCCUGUUCUUUGUCACUGCAUUUUCCCAAAUUUAAAACAUAAAUGUUCAUUGCAAUUAAAGUUAUCAUCUCGGCAGCCAACCAAGUUGUUCUCUCUGGUUGUUGAUCAACACCAUGUACCUUCCUGAUAUAAAUGAAGAUUGAAUCAGUUU